CAGCGGCCGCUGAUUGGCUCAGUGGCGCUGAACGGCUACGCGAGCUACUGACGUGACCUCCGCUUGGUGCGCUACGAGAAAAUAUAUUCUGCUGUAAACGACGGCAAACAACAACGGAGAAAGAAGUGACAUGAAUUAAGCGGUUACCGGGAGGACAUCGCGAUCGAGCUGAUGUCGGGUGUCACCAUGGAGCACAUGUUUACCAUCUCCGGCAAUGAGUCGGACACCUCUGAAUCCGACACGCCAGAUGUCACAGAAAAUUCACAGCUUGGAAAUAACCUCAGAAAGACGAAAAAUCCAGGAAAGGCUGGUGGUCGUGUACGGAUGCUGUCUGAAUCCCAGGUUUCUUCGAUCCGGAGCGAGGAUCUCGAUUUUGGUGAAGGAGGUGCGUCUGAGGAGGGCGGAGGCAUGUGCGCCGGGGAUGGUACCCCUUUUCGCGGACGCUCGCAGUCAGCCCCCCCUGCACUGUGGGCGGCACAGCGGUAUGGACGACAACUGCGUCGUAUGAGUGACGAGUUUGACACCCUGCUGGACAAAGGGCAGAUGAAGAGGGUGCGCAGUGCCGGGGCUGCCCGACAGAUGCAGGCAUCCCCAAGCUGGUUCGCCUUUCUCUGGAGCCACAAGGAGAGUGACGCGGAGAUCAGCGGAAACCUGUCGACCGCCGACAGCAGAGCUGCACAGUGAGCAGGGUGGGGGGUGAGGGUGGGGGGCAGAUGGCCAACUGUAUGUAGAUUCCAAGUGCAACCAAUGACAACAACCAACCUCCAGCUGAUAUUUAGUGUGCCACAGAACGGGACUAGGGCAGGAGAUCAGCACGCUUGUUUACCAUCCACUGAUAAUUCUGCUCUGCAUUAAACAAAAGCUAUGCAAGAGAGAAAGAGUUACACAUGUAACGGAAGAAAAGAGACACGAUUUAGCCACGGUGGAACUGUGUUCAUUACAGUUCCUGCCUUUUUACUCACGGCAUAACUAAAAUAUAUAUAUUUUUUGAAAGAAAAAAAAAGAUGCUUUAAAAAUGAAUAGAAGCACAAUCGUUAAAGUGACAAUCUUUACAGUAGUAAUCAGAUGAGGUUGCUAACAUUCCUACCUUUUUAUACGAAAAUGAUGUCAAAAAAAAAAACUUCAGCUUCAGGAACAUGAUUUCUUUUGGGGAAAAUGCCCAGAUUAAAAUUCAGUACACUAUCGAAGAUCAACGUUUAGAUCUUGUAAAUAAAUUGUUGAUAUUUUUAAUGAUUGAUAUAAGAAACUGAAACCUACUGUAAUGAAAAUGUGACUUUUGUGUAUGCCUGUGUCUUAUUUCCUCCAUAUGCAUAGAUGUACGACUUCAGAUGAUACAUUUCUAUAGCAAUGAUGCUUAGCAAAUGUGGUGUUCUUUGUAAAAAGGUUUUUUUUUUCCCUUCAGAUAUUAAUAUAAAAUGAAGUAUUCACAAACGCUUAUUUGCCUUUAGAUGGGAACAAAGCCUGUUUCUUUUUCUUUUGAUCCUAAUCUUGAAUUUAGGGUUUUUUUUUUUUUUUAUUAAAGGCUGUUUAUGCCACGUCGAUUGUCCCUUAACGAAAAUGAUGCAAGGGUCACCGGCAGGCUGUGUUAAACAUACAUCAGAUGGUAUGUUGAAACUUAUGUCAUGUUGAGGUCUGAAAUACAACCUGCGGAUGAAUUGACAUUUUACACCGAAUCUUUCCAGACAUGCUAGGCAUGGGUGUCAAGACACUGCCCGUUCUGAUGUGCCUUCUGAUGCAUGUAGCCUAGCUGCUCUUGGCACUAUUUGAAUAACUAUGUUUUGACGUGGGGAAAAGUGCAGGCUAGACAAGUGAAUAAUUGCCUUUAAGAAGCCAGACUUCAAUCAGCAAAUACAUGCUGUUCCCCCUCCGGAUUUUGAGUGUAGCAUCAACAUGUGAUAAACCACUAUUGUGUAAGUAUGGGAAGCACCAUUGCUGUUAGUUUCCUUAAAGGAUAAGAGCAGAUUACAGGUGGGGGGAAAAAAUCUCAUACAAUCAAUUAAGUGCUCUGUGAUGGAUUGCUGGUAUUACUUGAAAUUGAGUGUAUGGCACUCAGACUUUUGAAUAUUGUUUGCUUUUUUUAAAUUUUGUAAAUGUUUUUUUUUUCCUGGAUAACUAAUGUAUGUUUAAAUAAAGCAAUUUUAACUGAAAUGUA